UCUCAUACGCCCGUCUCCUCUCUCUCUCUCUCUCUCUCUCUCUCUCUCUCUCUCUCUCUCUCUCUCCCCUUUGUUCAUGGAAUCAGCUAGCCGGCGAUUAUCUUUUUCCGUUUAUUCGAAUUGAUCGCCGAGUAAUUCAUCAAUGGUAGCAUCAUUUUUCAAGUUCCUUUGCUUUAUAACGACGCUGUUUUCAUUCUCCUCGGUCUCCCGGAAAGAGAGAAUCUCCAAAGUUUUUUUUUGUAAUUCUUAGCUUUGUUUCAGUGUUCUGACAGUAUCCAUCUCUUCCCGUUGGAUUUGAUAACUUUAUAGGAAAAAAAUAUGAUUUUGUUUUUUGAGCUGAAAAGUUGGUGAUUUUUUACUUCAAUUUUAAAGGGGGUCAAAGCUAAGUUCGGCAACAAACUUAAGACGAAAUGCUAGAUCUUAACCUCAAUGUCGGGUCGACUGAGUCGGCUCAGGACUCAAACUCGGCGGCUCCUUUUAGCACCGAGCGUAAUGGAGAUUGUGGAAACCAAAUGGACGAAUCUGGAACCUCGAAUUCGUCGAUCGUCAACGACGAGGAUGAGUCGUUCUCCACGCGCGCCAACGGAGAUGCGUUCACUCUAAGCUUCGACAUACUCAAAGUCGGAAGUGGUGGAAAUGAGUUCCAAAACGACGACGCAGACGUGGUGGUUACUAGGGAGUUGUUUCCGGCGACGAGAGUCGGAAUUUCUGAAGGGCAGAGCUCGGGAAAUAACAACAAAUGGAUCGAUCAUCCGUUCGAGAGAAAAGAAGCUGAUGAGUCGCGGGUAAUACGUCAACAAUCGUCACAGACGGCGAAGAAAAGCCGUAGAGGACCUCGUUCUAGAAGUUCCCAGUAUCGAGGAGUUACUUUCUAUAGAAGAACUGGAAGAUGGGAAUCCCAUAUAUGGGACUGCGGGAAACAAGUAUAUUUGGGUGGAUUUGAUACUGCUCAUGCCGCUGCUAGGGCCUAUGAUCGAGCAGCUAUUAAAUUUCGAGGGGUUGAUGCUGAUAUCAAUUUCAGUGUCAGUGAUUAUGAGGAAGAUAUGAAACAGAUGAAGAAUCUGUGUAAAGAAGAAUUUGUACACAUACUUCGUCGGCAAAGUACUGGUUUUUCGAGGGGAAGCUCGAAAUACCGAGGAGUCACGCUGCACAAAUGUGGCCGAUGGGAAGCACGGAUGGGGCAAUUCCUUGGCAAAAAGUACAUAUAUCUCGGGCUAUUUGACAACGAAGUAGAAGCUGCAAGGGCUUAUGACAAGGCAGCUAUCAAAUGUAACGGACGGGAGGCAGUUACCAACUUCGAGCCGAGUGCAUACGAAGGGGAGAUCAUCUUUGAUACCAGUACUAAUGAAGGCAAUAGUCACAAUCUUGAUCUAAACUUGGGGAUAUCUCCACCUGUUGGCAAUGAUCCAAAGGAAAAUGAGCAGCAGCAUCACCAUUUCCAUUCUGGCCCCCACGACGUGCACGAGGGGAAGAGUUCGAGGGCGGAGAACCCUGCUGGUGCAAUAGCCAGUCCGGCUUUCGAAAGGCUAACCGGGAAUUCAGAUCAACCUAUUUUUUGGAGAAAUGUAUAUCCUAGGUUCUUUCCUACUGAGGAAAGAGAUUGGGCAUGGCAAAUGCAUGGUGCUAGGCCAAUGCCACCACUGUUGCCCGCUGCAGCAUCAUCAGGAUUCUCGUUCUUGGCUACCCCUCCCUCUGCUGCCAUUCUUCCCUCCAAUCUAACGACUCCCAGUUUCCACUUUGCCACCCCCAUUGCCACCAGUGCCACUCCUCAAAUCUAUAUUCACAUGGAGGAGCCACCACCAUAGCCUCAUUUUGCAACCUUCACCACGAAAUGUUGUUAAGGUAUUCAAUACAUGAUUUGUUUACAACUAAUAAGGUAUGCACUGGUUUUUAUUGAUUAUUGUGUGGGUGAUUUGCUUUAAACUGUGAUUAUAUAUAUAUACAAAGUUUAGUAGUAUAUUGGAGAAGAA